UUAUUCGAUGUCAAACACGCGGGCGAUAAAAGCAAAAUAAAGAAACGUGUGUGCUUAACUUCGGUCCAGAAAUUGGUAAACAAGACGAUAAUUCGUUUGAUUUCUUACUACUUGGCCAUUGAAUAUAGUUACCAAAUGGCUCUACAUAUUACAAACCCCACGGAAGGCCAAUUGCAGCUACACUUGACCACCAAGCAGAAACAGUAUGCCGUGCCGGAUUUUCCAUACUCGAUCCGCGCCAAUGUUGGAUGCACCGAGCUAAAUGUGUUGCUUAGCACAUUGCUUAAGGACUCGGGCAAAGAAGAAUUCGGUAAAGUGAAGUUUGAUUUUCUUCUGAAUGGAGAGUACUUAAAAGCUUCACUGUCGCAGCAUUUGAAGGAGCGCGAAAUCUCGUUCGAAGACACGAUCGAACUCGAGUACGUUGAACGUUAUCCCGCUCCUGAGCCGCAGGAUUGUCUGUUGCACGACGAUUGGGUAUCGGCGGUUCAAGCCAAAGAUGGUUGGAUUCUUACCGGAACCUACGACAACACUGUAAAUCUGUGGAACACUAAGGGCAAACACAAGCUCACCAUUCCCGGCCACGUAGCACCGGUGAAGGGAGUGGCAUGGAUUUCAUUGAACGCACAGACGGGUGUGUUUGCCAGUGCUAGCCACGAUCAAACCGUCAUGAUCUGGGAGUGGAAUGUAGCCGCCAACUCGGUGGAGUGUGUACAUGUAUGCAAAGGACACGAGCGUGGUGUUGGCUGUAUUGCGGUCAAUCCGUCCAAGUCGCAAAUGGCAUCCGGUAGCAUGGACACGAUGCUAAAAAUUUGGUCCACUGAGCUGCACAGUGGCAAAGGAGAACCGUCCGCCACAAAGAAGGCGAAGCUGGAGCAAGAUAAUGUCCGUACGCCGGUAAUAACUCUAGCCGGCCAUCGGGAGUUUGUGUCCGGCGUACAGUGGAUCGACGAUACGACGGUCGCUACUUGUUCCUGGGAUCACACAAUUAAGCUGUGGGAUCUCUCACUUGGAGGAAUCAAAACGGAAUUUACUGGCAACAAAUCGUUCUUCGAUCUGAGCUACUCUCCCUUGAAUGGAAUGAUUAUCACCGCUUCUCCGGAUAAAAAUCUUCGCCUUUAUGAUCCUCGAUCGAAACAUGGUAAUUUUGUUAAAAACACUUACUUUGGACACUCACAAUGGAUACAGACGUGCCGCUGGUCAACGACCAGCGAAUAUCUGUUCGUUUCCGGCGCUUACGAUAAUUGCGUCAAGUUGUGGGACUAUCGCUCUCCAAAGGCACCGAUCUUCGAGCUGAUCGGCCACGAGGAUAAGGUACUGGCCUGUGACUGGUCUAAUCCGAAGUACAUCCUUUCCGGUGGAUCUGACAACGCCCUGCGUGUUUUCAAAUCUAAAAUAGCAGUUAACAAUGCAGACGAUUGAACAAUUGCGUUUAAAUUAAGGAACAUGAAUAAUUGUAUGAUUGGAAGUCUACGAUACGAAGGACGUGUAGCUUUCAUCUAAUCGUAUCGUUUUAUAUACCGAGGGGUUGGCAAUACGCAAGGAAUAUAAUGAUACAUUUAGGGAUACACGA